GCUCGGCUCCUUCGGUUCAUCGCGGAAAACAAGUGUUUUGCUUGCAAGUGUUCGGUGGGUUCCCAGGCUGACGCCCCAGAGACUUGUGCCAGUUCAGGUAUUCUCCUUCCCUUUACUAACCAGGUGGCAUUGUCUGAACGUGAGGCUUCUGCGGAGUACUGAGUGCCUCCAAGGCGGAUUAGAAGCUGGUGAUCUGGGAGUCUCGAAGCCAACGGAUAUGACCAGGGUUGCAGUUAUUGGUGCAGGUGUGGUUGGGCUUUCUACAGCCGUCUGCAUUUCUGAAUCCAUCCCACAAUGCUCCAUUGAUAUUAUUUCUGAUAAAUUUACGCCUGACACCACUAGUGAUGUAGCAGCUGGAAUUCUUAUUCCUCAUGCUUACCCAGAUACACCAAUUCACUUGCAGAAGCAAUGGUUUCAAGAGACCUUCGACAGAUUGUUUGCAAUCACUAAUUCAUCAGAAGCUUUAGAUGCUGGCGUUCACCUGGUAUCUGGCUGGCAGAUAUAUAGAAGCGUUCCUCCCCAAGAGAGGCCCUUCUGGGCCGACACUGUGCUGGGAUUUCGAAAGAUGACUGAAUUGGAACUGAAGAAGUUUCCACAGCAUGUAUUUGGCCAAGCCUUUACUACCGUGAAAUGUGAAGGCCUCUCCUAUUUGCCAUGGCUGGAGAAAAGGAUAAGAGCAAGCGGAGGCCAAGUCCACACCAGAAAGGUAGAAGAUCUGUGGGAGCUUUAUGGUUCAUAUGAUGUUGUUGUCAAUUGCUCAGGCCUUGGAAGCAGAGAGUUAGUAGGUGACUCUCAGCUUUUCCCUGUGAGAGGCCAAGUGCUUAAAGUUCAGGCACCCUGGGUGAAGCAUUUUAUCCGAGAUGGGGAUGGACAGACCUAUAUUUACCCAGGAGCCUUCAAUGUGACACUAGGUGGAACAAGACAAAAAGAUGACUGGAACCUGUCCCCUGAUCCACAGAACAGCAGAGACAUUCUUGCCAGGUGUUGUGCUCUGGAGCCGUCUCUUCAAGGAGCCUGGGAUAUCAAAGAGAAGGUGGGCUUGCGACCAUCAUGGCCAGGAGUGAGACUACAGACGGAGAUAUUAGCACAGGAUGGACAUCAACUACCCGUGGUUCACAACUAUGGCCAUGGCUCUGGCGGCUUCUCUGUGCACUGGGGUACUGCUCUCCAGGCUGUUCAGCUGGUCAAAAAGUUAAUUAGCCCCUUGAAAAUCUCUACUUCCAAGGCAAAGCUGUAAGUGAUAUGAGGCUGCAUAAAGAGCCAUGUAAUUGGUCACCAGCACCAGAUUCCAAUCAAUCCUUAAGACGGCAUAGAGUGUGAAAAUUGAAAUCUAAAAGACCUGUGUUUGGAUCCUGUCUUGGAUACUUCCAUGGCUAUGUGAUGCUAGACAAGUCAUUUAACCCCUUUGGGCUUCUGCUUCCUCAUCUGUAAAAUAUGGAUAAUAAUAGCACCCACCUCACAGGGUUAUUGUGAGGAUUCAAUGAGGUAACACAUGUAAAGUGCUCUGCAAACCUUAUACGUUAGCUAUCAUAACAAUAGCAAUAAAAUAACACGCUGGGAGGUAUAAGCUCACUAAGUGUUUUCAGUACUAUCAUGGUGGAUGUAGUCAGGACACAAAUUGUUUUUUUUUUCCUUUUUGUUUUGUUUGUGAGGCAGUCAGGGUUAAAUGACUUGCCCAGGGUCACACAGCUGGGAAGCGUCAAGUGUCUGAGGCUGGAUUUGAACUCGGGUCCUCCUGACUCCAGGGCCAGUGCUCCAUCUGCUAUUGCACCACCUAGCCACCUUGGUAGGAUACAAAAUGAAGAGGGAUUCCCUGUAGACAGUGAAGUCUUCCAGAUGUUCUUGCUUCUAUAUGAUGCCAGAGCAGGCUGCAUCAAGCCUCAAAGUAUGAUGGAACCUCCUCAGUGCAAUCCAUAGUCAAUUAAAAGAGUUUAGAUUUCACAAUCUACGUAGGAAAAAUCAAGUGGAUGAAUACCUAAUGUCUUCAUCAUGAGAAAAAGCCUAUUGAGUUAAUUAGUGCAUUUAUUGAGGCCUGGUAUUGCAAGAUGAAUAAUGAGCUGGGACCAUAAUUGAAUGAGAGAAUGGUCUGAAUUACAUUUAGGAAAUGGUAAUAAUGCUUUUAAUGAUUUCAAGCUGCUCUCUGAUACACACAAAGAUCAUCUUUUUUAGCAAGAACAUUCUCUUUGUUGUACUAUAUCAUUGUGGAAUACUCCAAUCCCUGAAGAGUCAAAUUUACAAGUGACACAAAAGGCAAUAAAAAUGCAUGAAGGGGGUCCUAGUUGGUUGCAACAUAUUGCCAACAAUGAUUUGCAUGAAAGAUGAGGUAUAAAAGAUACCACCAUGGAAACAGAUGGUUGGAAAAGGAAGUGGCUUGGUCGUAUGAUGAGGAGGUUGUUAUCGUUCUGUUUGUUCUUGUUCUCAAAGAGGACCAUGACAACAGGGAAAUGAUGACAUGACUUGCAGUUGACUUUGAUUUGAGUGAGGGAGGGCUGUACAAGGUCACCAGCCAGUGAGGAGAAAGGGUAACAGAUGGAUGGUCCAAGUGUUACAUAACCAAACAACCUAGAGAAAGGCAUCUAACAUGUUGGGUAGAUCCUCUCUGGAGGAUUUAUGGGGAGAAAGGAGUAAGAAUUGCCCAAGAUGAAAAGGAGUGAAGGGAUUGUGGCAAUUGAGGGUGCAUGCUCAUCUAUCCAUUGAAAUAUUAUAGCUCUAAAGUCAGAAGGGACAUUAAAGGCCAACCUUUCAUUUUACAGAGGGGAAAAUGAGGCUCAGAGAAGUGAUGUGACUCACUCAAGGUCAGGUAAGUAGAGAGUGGCAAAGUCAGGAUUUGAAGUACAGGUUCCCUUAAGUUUAUCAAAUCUUGCCUUGGACACUUACUAGCUGUGUGACUCUGGGCAGGUCACUGAUACUUUUGAGUCUCAGUUUCAUCAUCUGUAAAAUGGGGAUAAUAAUAGCCCCUCCCUCACAGAGUUGUGAAGAUAAAACAAGAUAACAUAUACAAAGUGCUUUGCAAACCUCAAAGAGCUAUAUAAUAGCUAGCUGCUAUCUUUAUUAUUUUUACGCAGUUCUUUACAAUUUGUUAAAUGCUCUCUUCAAAACAACGCUGUGAGUACAAGCAUUAUUUUACAGAUGAGGGGAAUGAAGCUCAAAGAAAUUAGAUGCUAUCAUGGUAAGAAACCUUCUGUCCCCUUCCUCCCUUUUAUUAUCUUUCCCACUUCCUACCUGAGUAACCUUGGGCAAAUUACAAACUCCUGGGCCUCAUUUAAUGAAGUGAUUAGACUACAGGCACCCCUUCCCCCAUCUCCAGGUCCCUUUCAGUGCUAUACCUAUGACCCUCUGGAACCUGUUCCCUCUGAAGUGCCUUGCCCCUGGUGCCCUAAUUAGUAAAUUUAAGAGCUGGGAAGGCGCAAUUUCAACCCAAGACUUUUGACUCUAAACCCAACACCCUUUCGUAUAUCUUGGAUCAGUGGUGUGAACAUUGUUUUUAAAGUCUUGCUAUAGAACCAAGAAUAUUUACACAUGAAGAAGACUUUCAGUACUAACUUUCCUACAUUUUGAAAACUUGUAUUAGUAUGUCCAAUAGCAACAAACAUUGGUAGAUGUGUGAAGUAAAGAUUUAUGAAAUUAUGUAGAACAUAACCUCAAUUUUAAAUUAUUUUGUCAAAAGCAAAAUUUAUUUUAGUCUCAGUAGCCAAGCAUAGGUGUUCAUUUUCAUAGAUGCAAGGACUGUUUUUUUUUUGUGUGACAUCUUUUGUAUCUCAAUUCCACUGUAGAAAGUAAUGGAUGAAAAACUGUAUCUAUAUCAUACUUAUAUCCUCUGUUAUUUUCAAUAGGCAGUCUAUUUACCGUGGUAUUUUUCCUAGAUGAAAUCACAGAAGAGACACUCAAAUCAUUGCUGAUUUGAAUUGAAUCAAAGUAUUGUUUAUUUUAAUAAUAGGAGAAGCUUUAUGUUUCUUAGCUUAGGACUGGUGAUAGUGGCGGUAACUGGUAAAACUUUCCCUGCACCAGGGGUUGGUAUUAAUUUAAUAACUGUUUUGGAAUAUCUGUCCCAAUGCUCUCCUCUGUUAGAAUAGGUAAUUGAAAAUUGCUUGUGUUGUGAUUAUCUGAUAGACAAGUGCUGGUGAAUUAGUUUAAGCAUUUUUCUAAAUUCUGCUGCAAUUACAUAUUCAAAAGGUUAAUUUCAUGAUAAAAUAAUAAAAACUGUAAUAAAAUAAAAUUUUAUAAUAAAGAUGGAAUGACCUUUAUGAAUGGAAAA